UUGAUCUACCUUUAUCGACAUAGGAGGAAUGAGUUUGUCGAUGCGUUGAAUAGAAUGGCGAGGUCAACGAUAGCGGUAGAUGAGGCAGUGAAGGUUGAGGAUAUGACACUAAACGCGAGCACCGUUGAUGCUGAGGUGAAGUUCGUCGGGAUCUGGGGUGCUGAUUUGCAAUUUCACAAGGAAAGGGUGGUGCGCGGGGUUGUGAUUGCUGAUGAGGUGGCGUUGGAGGAUGAUGAGGAUGAGAUGACCGAAGAGGAGGAGUACAGGAGAAAAAACGAUGCUGAGGUGGCAAGGACUAAGGCUUGCCUUAUGACGAACAAGAAGAAAGUCUUCACGGAUGCUCGGAGGAAUGCGUUCCUCCCCCUUGCCUCACCUAGAUGGGUAGAGACAAUGUCUACAGCGUUUUCCGGCAGGAUCUGGUCACUUGAGACCUUUAAUUAUCUUGCUCCGAUUGACCAAAGGGGAUACAGAUUGUUAGCGUCCCUCACUCAAGAUGAGAUGAAGGCUGCGUUCGAGAGAGCGUUGGACAUGAAUACUGCACCGCCAGAGGUCAAAUUCCCAUUCAAUGGGGAUGGGAUAUUCCUCCCCCCUAUGUCCUCGAUGGAUGUCAGUAAGUGUUCCCUCCCGCGCCCCAAUGUCUCGAUCAAGGGGAAUAAGCCCCCUCAGAAUCCGCCUGCUUUGGCAGAGCUAAAAAGAGUGUGGAAUGUAGGUAGGCCGUACUUGAAGUGCAGAUGUUGUUAUGAGGGAAAGGCCGAUUGUGGUACACGCCCCCCAUGGUUUGAUCACCUGAUCUGGUUCCUUUUGCACAAUCUGGAUAUCCUCUAUCCAGAUGCGCCAACCCCGAGGGUGAAAGUGUCCUCCCUGAUCAAGUGUCUUUCCACGUGUUGGAAACCAUUGAUGUUACUCUCUCUGUCGUUUGGAUGUGUAAGAGAAGUGAUGAUGCUUCUUGACAAAAAGAGUGUGGCAAAUCCCUCCCUGACGAUCGACUCUGUGUUGGUUGGCAUGAAUGGCGCCGAUCGGAAGACAUUCAAGGAGUGUGUGAAGCUGCUCCUUAUGAGUAAGUACAUUAAGAAAAGACCGAGGCUGGAUGAGGGAGCAUCCUCGUCAGGAGGUAAGCGCGGUAGGACUGAUGGUCAGGGGACUAUGCAUUGCUUCAUGUGUUCAACCCCCCCGGAUCAGCCUGAUAAACCUGAUGCAUCUACCCCUUCCGAAUCCACGAUCACCUCCGUCGGUGGGAAGAGGGUCGGUUUGUCGGCGGCACUCAAUGGAGGAAAUGUCGGCCAUCAACGAAAUGUCAACAGAGCGAUUUUCGAUAACUGAGGAGCACGAUGCUCAAGAUGUUGUCAUGGUCGAAUUUGAUGCAGGUAAAGACUGAAGUGAGAUUUUUAUUAGAGCAUCUUUAUGUCGCAGGUACGGAUAAAGCUGCAAAUACUCC